GGCACGUCUUUGAGUGUUGUUGGUGAGGCUGUCAAAGAUGACAUUGGUACCAUCCGGAUUCAACGACCUCACAAAGGGCCAUUUUAUGUCUCUCCCAAAACCAUUGAUCAGCUUAUUGCAAACCUUGGGAAAUGGGCAAGGUGGUACAAAUACGCAUCUUUGGGUUUGACUGUGUUUGGUGUUUAUUUGGUUGCUAAGCAUUCUGUCCAAUACAUCUUGGAAAGAAGGCGCGGUUGGGAAUUGCAGAGAAGGGUUCUUGCUGCAGCUGCUAAGAGAUCUGGGGAAGAUAAUGAAGGUUCGAACGAAAAAGAUGAUACUGUGUCAGAUGGAAGCAAGAGGCUGAUGCCAGAUUUAUGUGUGAUAUGCCUUGAGCAUGAGUAUAAUGCGGUUUUUGUGCCGUAAGAACUGCCUUUUCAGUAUUUGAUACAAUAGGCAGUCUAAUUUAUUACUUCUUAAAUUUAGCACAUGGCUUAUUCAUUUAU